UUCUAUAGGCACUGGGCAUCCCCACAUCCCAGUCCCUGACCAGAGGGAACAGGCAGUACAGCAUUGGGAAGAAUGGAUAAACACGGCGUGAAGACUCCUUUGUGGAGGAAGGAGGUGGAGGAUCCCGAGGCCAAGGAGGAGGAUCUGGAGGACGAUUCAUCGUCGUCCUCGUCCUCGUCGUCGGUGGAAGAGAGGUCGGACCCCGAGAGCGCGACCGAGACGGAGGAGGACUCCCGAGACGCGGAUGAGCGCGAGGCCCGCUCUGUGUCCUACAGUCCGCUGCGCCAGGAGUCCAGCAGCCAGCAGGUGGCGCUGCUGCGACGCUCAGACAGCAGCUUCUGGGGUUGGCUCAGCCCGUUCGCUCUGCUGGGUGGCCUGGCAGCUCCGGCGGACAGGAAGCGGGGUGCCCCGGAGGAACCGUGUGUGUUGGAGACGCGGCGGCGGCCACCGCGCCGGGGUGGCUGUGCGCGCUGUGAGAUCCUUUUCUGCAAGAAAUGCAAGACUCUGCACAGCCACCCGGCCUAUGUGGAGCACUGUAUUCUUGAGCACCCUGACCUGGGUAAGGCAGAGGCCACCGGCAACUCUGAGCUCAUUGACUCCCAGCCUCUGAGCCCGCAAUGCUCCAAACUCUUCUAUCUCUAGUGAGUUCCACAGAACUGUCCCUUCAAGCCGCCAUCCUUAGCGCCUCCUACCGGUGAGAAGGCCCACUAUCGGUUCACGGUUCCAUCUGUCUUGCGGAACUAUAGAAGAAACUAGGCACUCCUCCCCAGACAGUACCCAGCACCCACAGCCCUCCUGACCCUCACGCCUUCAACACAACCUUGCCUGCUUCGUUUUCAGGUCCUCUAGCCUCUCUCCGGGCUUACCCUGGAGAAAGAUAGCCUCGGGGUGUCCUCAGCCCUCUUAAUAAAUUGCCUCUUUCCCUCUAAUCAACAAUAAAGUCUCCAAUC